AUGCAAGACAAGCAGGUUGAUGGUCGAGGAAAGUUUGGUUUCUACACAAUCCAAAAGUGUGUAUGCGCUAUACAUCAGUUGGCGUAUGGCUACAAUCCCGACUCGCUUGACAAGUAUCUACAGAUGGAUGAAGAAAUAGCAAGAUGUUAUCUAGACUAUUACUGUAAGUAUGUGUUUGAACUUUACAGGAAUGAAUACUUGCGCAGAUUAACACCGGAGGACAUACAACGCUUGUAUGCUCGACAUGAGGAGCUUCAUGGUUUCCUAGGCAUGCUUGGUAGCAUUGAUUGCAAGCACUGGCCUUGGAAAAAUUGUCCCAAGGCAUGGCAAGGUCAAUUUACGCUUGGUGAUCAUGGUCAUCCAACCAUCAUGCUUCAAGCGGUAGCUUCGUACGAUAGGUGGAUUUGGCAUGUUUUUUUCUGCACAGCUGGUUCGAAGAACGAUAUAAAUGUCCUUAACCAAUCGCCUUUAUUUAGGGAAAUCAUAGAAGAUCGUGCGACUGAUAGCUCAUUCACUUAUAAAACAACUUUGAUUCUAACAACUUCAUCUUGUUCAGAUAUAAAACAAACUUUUAUUGAUCCAUUGCUAAAUCUUCAUAUUUGA